GUGAACAGCAGCUUAUUUACUCACUCACAGACGGAAAUCAAAAUUCUGUUUAACCUGUAGAAAGGACAACAUUUUAUGAAAACACAACACAGACUUUGCAGGGGAAAAAUAUUGACGUAAUAAGCCUUAAAAAUGAGCCUCUAUGAAGAGGGAAAGGACGGUGUACAGUACCACAAAACACAAUGUUCAGAGCUCAGCUGUGUGUCUUUGAAGAGUAGAGAAUCCAUUGUUCAGCCUCCUAAUCUUAAUAAUGGAGCGAUGACCUCUGACCCCAUAGAGGAGAAAGAUUAUACCAGCAACUCUGUGAAAUCCCAUCUGACAUGCACUGCUUUAAUGGAGACCUUCUUCAGACAAGAGAGACUCAAAGAUACUCACAAAUCCAUCUUAAAGAACAAAUAUGAGAACUUAUUUGAGGGAAUCAAACUACAGAAGAACAAAACCCUCCUGAACAGAAUUUACACACAACUGUACAUCAUAGAGGGAGAGAGUGGAGGAGUGAAUGAAGAACAUGAGGUUUUACAGAUGGAGAAAACACCCAGAACACAACAAUUACAAGAAACAAGAAUCUACUGCAAUGACAUCUUUAAACCUUUACCUGAAUCAGAAUUCAAAACAGAGAAGAGAAGAGAGAAGAAGACAAAAAUAAAGAGCGUUCUUACUCAAGGCAUCGCUGGAAUUGGAAAAACCGUCUCUGUGCAGAAGUUCAUUCUGGAUUGGGCUGAAGGAAAAACAAAUCAAGAUAUAGACUUCAUGUUUGUGCUUCCAUUUAGAGAGCUGAACUUGAUUCAAGAUGAUCAGUACAGUCUUCACAAACUUCUGCUUGACUUUCAUCCUGAACUUCAAGAUCUGGACUCAAAGGUUUAUGGUGAGUGUAAAGUUGUGUUCAUCUUUGAUGGUCUGGAUGAAAGCAGAAUAACACUGAUGUUUUCUCACAAUGAGAAAGUUUCUGAUGUAACUCAGGCUUCAUCAGUGGGUGUGUUGAUGUCAAACCUGAUCAAAGGAGAUCUGCUUCCCUCUGCUCACAUCUGGAUCACCUCCAGACCAGCAGCAGCCAGUCAGAUCCCAUCUAAAUACAUCAACCGUCUGACAGAAAUCCAGGGAUUCGAUGACGCUCAGAAGGAGGAAUAUUUCAGGAAGAGAAUAAAUGAUGAACAUCAAGCCAGCAGAAUCAUCUCACACAUUAAAAAAACAAGAAGUCUCCACAUCAUGUGUCACAUACCAGUCUUCUGCUGGAUUUCAUCCACUGUGCUUCAAAACAUCCUUAAACAAGAUCACACAACAGAAAUCCCCAAAACUCUGACUGAAAUGUACAUCCACUUCCUGCUGAUUCAGAUGAAUAUGAAGAAUGAGAAGUAUGAUGAGAGAGAUCCACAGAAACUCUUGCAGUCCAACAGAGAAAUGAUUGUCAAACUGUCUGAACUAGCUUUCAAACAGCUGAUGAAGAGUAAUGUGAUGUUUUAUGAGGAGGAGCUGAGAGAUUGUGGGAUAGACAUCACUGACGCCUCAGUGUAUUCUGGGAUCUGUACUGAGAUCUUUAAAGAGGAAUCUGUGAUUCAUCAGAGGAAAAUUUACUGCUUCAUACAUCUCAGCUUUCAGGAGUUUCUGGCUGCUUUCUAUGUGUUUUAUUCCCAUUUAACUAAGAACACACAAUCACUGCAGUUGUUUCUUAGAUAUAAAGAUGUAAGGUAUAAGAGUGAGGACAGCUCUUUGUUUGAGUUACUAACAUCAGCAGUUUAUAAAAGCCUUAGGUAUGAAAAUGGAUAUCUGGAUCUUUUCUUGCGAUGCCUGCUGGGCAUCUCACUGGAAUCCAAUCAGAGACUCUUACAGGAUUUACUGCCACACACAGAGGACAGUUCGGAGAGCAUCAAGAAAACCACAAAUUACAUUAAAGACAAAAUCAAUGAUGAUUAUUGUCGGUUACCCAACAGAUCUAUCAGUCUGCUCCUCUGUCUGCUUGAAAUGAAGGUUCAGUCUCUGCACAGACAGAUUCAUGAGUUUUUGCCAUCACAGACACUCUCUGCUGCUCACUGUUCAGCAAUAGCCUACAUGAUUCAAAUGUCUGAGGAAGUGCUAGAUGAGCUGGACCUCAAGAAAUACAACACAACAAGUGAGGGAAUAAGAAGACUUGUACCAGCUGUGAUUAACUGCAGAAAAGCUCUACUUGCAGGCUGUAGUCUCACUGAUGAAUGCUGUCAAAGUUUGGCUUCAGCUCUAGAAACAUUCAACUCCCCCCUAAGGGAGCUGGACCUGAGUUAUAAUAAAUUUGAGGAUUUCAGAGUCAACAAUCGACACUAUCAGCUGGGAAAUCUGAGACUGGGGCUGCUCUUUGGUGGACUGAAAAAUUCAAACUGUAAACUGGAGAUUCUGAGAUUGUCCAGCUGUAAUCUAAAUGAUCAUUCCUGUGAAGGCUUGGCUUCAGCUCUAAAAUCCUCAAACUCUUCCCUGAAAGAACUGGACUUGAGUAACAAUGACCUUUGGGAUUCAGGAGUGAAGCUCAUCUCUAAAGGACUGAAGAGCCCAAACUGUCAGCUGGAGAUUCUGAGAUUAUCUGGCUGUAUGGUGUCAGAGGAAGGUUUUAUUGCUCUUGCUUUAGCCUUAAGAUCAAACCCAUCACACCUGAAAGAGUUGGAUCUUAGCUACAAUCACCCAGGAGAUUCAGACUCAGUAAAGCAGCUCUCUGAUCUGUUGGUGGAUCCACACUGUAAACUGGAGAUACUCAAUGUGCCUCAUGCUGGACAGGUCAUGAUCACAACAGGACUACCCAAGUAUGCCUGUGAUCUCACACUGGAUCCAAACACAGUAAAUCCUCAUCUCCGUCUGUCUGAGGAGAACAGGAAGGUGACACGUUUGGAAAAGGAGCGAGAGUCAUAUCCCGAUCAUCCAGAGAGAUUUGAUUAUUGGCCUCAGGUUAUGUGUAAAGAGAUUCUGACUGAACGCUGUUAUUGGGAGGUUGAAUGGAGUGGCUGGAGAGGUGCUGUUAUAUCAGUGAUGGGUAAAGAAAUCAGCCGAAGGGGAGCAGAUGAUGGAUGUAGAUUUGGGUUCAAUGAAAAGUCCUGGAGUCUUGACUGCUCCGAUAACAUAUUCACUGUUUGGCACAAUAAAAACAGCACUGAUGUUGACUCUCCUUUAACCGCUUCUAAAAGAGUAGGAGUGUAUCUGGAUUGUCCGGCCGGCACUCUGUCUUUCUACAGCGUCUCGAGGAAACUCACACACUUACACACAUUUAACUUCACAUUCACAGAACCACUGUGUGCUGGAUUCAGGAUUUAUACUGACUCCUCUGUGUCUCUGUGCUGUACUAAACAGCCUUCAAACAAAACACAAGGGUCCAGAUUUAUAAGUUUUGGAAAAAAGCAAGAUGAUGAUUCUGCACUGAAUGCAUCAAUGCUUAUUUGAUUACAGAAAAAACAUGUUUGAAAUAUUUAAAAGACAAAACAAAACAAAACAAAACGCUUACGAACACAAACACACACACACCUUGCACAAAAAUAUUUAUUUAUCCUUUUCAUUUCAUUUGUGUUUACACACAAAUGACAAAUUUUUAUAUUUUUGUGGUACAUGUGUGUUUGUGUAAGGGAAUUUAUAUUCAUUCUCAGGGGCGCAGUGGGGGGGGGGUUAGGAUGACCCCCUUAAACUGAGCCCUCUUAGCUCCGCCCCAUCUUUACUAAAGCAAUAAGUCCCAAGAAGCAGUGCAUUUUAUAACAGCUAAGGGGCAUUGUUAGGCACGAACAUUGCUUAUCUAGGGGCAUUGCUUA